AUGCUGACUCGCCGAGCUGCCGGCAGCCUGGCCUCGUUGCACGACCCGUCGUCACCGACGCGACAUCCAAUCUCCGGUAGGCCAAUUGGUUCUUCCAACGGGCUGAGUUUCCUUCAGAGUCGAACCUCUUCGUUGAGUCCGAGAACGGCCUGGCCGGUUCAUGCGAUAUACGCCUCAUCUGGGCCCGACUCCCAAAGUGCUGCUGUGUUUGCUGCAGCCUCCUCCGAUUUAUCUCUUUCCUCCUACUUCCCUUCGCCCUCAUCCUCUUGCUCCUCCUCGUCGUCAGCUUCAUCCGCCCCAACCACAGGAGGCGUCAGUCUGACUUCCCCAUCUCCACCCUCAACCACCACCAUCACCACCACCACCACCACCACAAUCAGCCACAACAUUAACUUCCUCGACAUCGGAGACAGCCUGGUCAGUCCAACAACUACAUCCUUACAAGUGGUCUAUUUAAACGGACUUAACAGGGAGUCUAGUGAUCCCACAACUGCCAUGGCAACAGGUUGCGAGACUGCAACCAUGCACGGGACAGUCUGUCCACGGUACCAAACAGCUGAGGCGUGUCAAGAGGUCCAGGAGCCGCAGGCGAUCUCGACGACUCCGUCAUUGCUACAAGACAUUCAGAGGUAG